AUGCUAUUUAACAAAUCAAUCAUCCUUAGUCUAUUAGUCCUACCAGGAGCAGUCUUUGGUGAAGGUGCUGCUGGUUCUGAAAUCAACAAAGAAGUGGAGAAACCACCAGCAGGCCUAUCGUGGGAGGAAUGGCAUAUGGAUCACGAACAUCAAUUGAAAGAAUACACCCCAGAGACUUUUUUUGCAUUACAUGACGUCAAAAAGCAAGGAUUUUGGGAUCGUGAUGAUGUUUUGGCAAUGUAUGGUUUGAACCGUAAUGAAGUUGUUGGUGCUGGUGAUGGGAUGGGAAAACAUGAUGAAAGUGAAGCAGUUGAUAAGGACGUAGCUAAGAAUGUUGUUAACUUUCUAAUGAGAUUGGUGGAUGUUGAUGAUGACAAUAGGAUCAUGAAGGAAGAAUUUAUAGAAUUUGCCAAAAGGGGCAAUAAAUUACCAGAUUUGGGCGUUGGUGUUGGUCAUCAUUCUGAUUUUGAACUAGAAUAUGAAUUACAUCAUUGGAAUAAAUUUCAUAAAGACACAGAUCCAGAUGUGAAAAAUGUUCACAAGGAAGAUAUAGAACAUGAGUUACUACAUCAUGAACAUGAAAUUGAGCAUGAAGAAACGAUUCAAAGAGGUGCUCAAAGGGCAACCGUUAUUACAGAUGAUGAACUAGAAGCCAGAAUAGAUUUAACAAAAAUUCCAAAUAAGUUUAAGAAUGGAAUGUAUUAA